CGUGCAAAUGUAUUCAUUUUAGUCAAUUUGGGCUGUGAGAUGUUAUAUGUAAUAGAUCAAAGAUUGAAAGCUCAACGUAUAGCAGCUGAUAAAUCGGUUCAAGUUAUACACGAUGUAACGAGUGUUUUACUUGAGCCCAAGUUUAUAGAUUCCCUGCUUAGUGGUUCGACCCAUCGUAAUGCCCAAGUUCUGACCACCGAACAUUGCAAAUUUAUGCUAAAUGAUAUAGCCACCUGUUCUUUAAUGCGUCUCGAUGACUCCUCCAUGGACAAGCUGUGGAGCCUGAUGACAAUGAUAUAUAAGUGGCAAUUGUUUGUUUCCCGACAUCAGCUUCAUUUACUGGAAAUAACAUUUCGUCAUCUGGAUUCGAUUAAUAAACUGUAUCCCGAUACAAAGCGACAUAUGCUAAUUGAUUUUACCAAGAAUACUCUCCUGGACUUUUGGAAUGCCUGUGGUGAAGAGAUGCAGUUAACCAUAUACAACACAAACAAGGCUUGGCUACAAUGUUUUAAUACAAAAAUAUCAUUGCUAAUACGCUUGGGAUUUCAGGCGAUGGAUGGAAGUUUCAUUGCCAAUGUGGAUCAAGAUUAUUUUAACGGUUAUGCAAUGUCCAUUGGCGAUAAUAUAUAUAUCAAGAGUGCCAACCAAAUGAAUCAGCAGCAGACAAGUGAAACGGAAUCGAAUAGUAUGAAUCAAUUGGCUGCCCAACUAAAUAUAAAUCAAUCCUUUAGCGAAGAUUUACAACCGAUUUUCGCGGGACAAUUUCAACAGCAACUUGAACAAACAUUCAAUAAUAUUUUGUUUGAUGAUUUUGAUUUCGAUGUCGGUCCAGAUUCGUCUAAAAAACAGGAUAACGCCAGUAGCAGUAAUACCUCAAAGGGUUGUGAGUUUGUUCAAGUUCAGAACAAUGAGUCCGGUGAUUUGGUUAAGGGCAACAGCAACGGAUCCAUACUGAAUCAAAAUCUUUUGGAUCUAUAUAGUCAAAUGCCAUAAAAAAGGCAUACAAUAAGUUUGUUUUAAAAAUGUACACCAAAAUUGUGAUUAGAAUGUAAUUAGGGAAUGCAACUAAA